CUCCUGCGAUACCGGGCCUCCACCACCUACCGUCGCGGGGACUCGAACCCACUACACAGAGGCGGCGGAACCCACACACUCGACUCCCCGGUGGUUGAUCCGACUCUGGCAGAAAUGGGGAAGAAUCUGAAUGAAGCAAUGAAGAUGCUAGAAGACAAUCAAAGGAAAGUGGAGGAGGAAAAUGAAAUGAAGUAUGCACGUAAGGAUAUUCCUGGACCACUCCAAGGCAGUGGCCAGGACAUGGUGAGCAUACUUCAGUUAGUUCAGAACCUGAUGCAUGGAGAGGAGGAAGAGGAAACUUCACAGGCCUAUCGACUUCAGAAUGUCGGUGAGCAAGGUCACAUGGCUCUGCUGGGACAUAGUUUGGCUGCUUAUAUAUCAGUGCUGGACAAGGAAAGGCUGAGAAAACUUACAACAAGGAUCCUUUCUGAUACUACUCUCUGGCUUUGCAGGCUUUUCAGGUAUGAAAAUGGCUCAGCCUAUUACCAUGAGGAUGAUCGCCAAGGCCUGCUGAAGAUCUGUCGGCUCGUUAUUCACACGCGCUAUGAGGAUUACGCUGUAGAAGGCUUUAAUGUGCUCUGCGCUAAGCAGCCUGUCAUAUACAUUAGUUCUGCAGCUAGAAUGGGCCUGGGACAGGCUCUCUGUAAUCAGCUGGGCUUGCCCCUUUCUUGCAUGUGCCGUGUGCCUUGUAACACCAUGUUUGGAUCUCAACACCAAAUGGAUGUUGCGUUGUUGGACAGAGUGAUUAAAGAUGAUGUUGAGUCUGGAAAGCUGCCUUUGUUGCUUGUGGCCAAUGCUGGGACACCAGGUGCUGGACACACAGAUAAGCUUGGCCGACUGAAGGAGCUUUGUGAGCAGUAUGAUAUGUGGCUCCAUGUAGAAGGUGUGAAUUUGGCAACUUUGGCUCUGGGUUAUGUUUCCUCUUCUGUACUGGCUGCUACGAAAUGUGACAGCAUGACUCUUACUCUGGGUUCCUGGCUGGGUCUCCCGGCAGUGCCUGCAGUGACGCUCUACAGACACGAGGACCCUUCUUUGACCUUAGCAGCUGGGCUGACAUCGAGUCAGCCUGUGGAGAAGCUCCGUGCCCUGCCACUGUGGCUUUCCUUGCAGUACCUGGGCCACGAUGGGAUUGUGGAGAGGAUAAAGCAUGCUUCACAACUAAGUCAAAAGUUGCUGGAAAACCUGAAAAACCUGGAUUUCGUUAAAACUUCGGUUGAAGAUGAAUUGAGCUCACCAGUGGUGGUUUUCAAGUUCUUCCAGGAAUAUUCAAAUAGAGAUCAAGCCUCACAUGCUGCACAGGCCUCAACUAUUCAGCACCCCAUAAUAAGCAACGAUAGACACAUUUAUGAUGCUUUGAAUCAGUGGCUAGGGGAGCAGCUGGCACAGCUGGUUCCUGCCAGUGGAGUUGACGUGGUAGAACUGGAAGAUGAAGGCACAUGUGUGCGUUUUAGCCCACUGAUGACUUCUGCAGUUUUAGGAACUGAAAUACAGGAUGUUGAUCAGUUAGUAGACUGCUUAAAAAUGAAGAUACCAGUAUUGACAAGUACACUGCAACUGAGAGAGGAGUUUGAGCAAGAAGUGAGAAGAACAGUAGGCCUGCUGUAUAUUGAAGAUCUUAGCUGGCCAGGAUUAGGUGUUGUAAGAUACAGCUGUCAUAGUGAUGGGAAGAACGAUGGCAAGCAGGAAAAAGAGCUUGAAAAAAUCAAUGCAGAGCUUCUGAAGAAGUUAAACGAACUGGAGUCGGACCUCACUUUCUCUUUGGGUCCAGAGUUUGGAGGGCAGAAGAACUGUGUUUACAUUGGCAUGGUAACUGAGGAUCUGGACGUGUCCGAGUUAGUUGAAACUAUUGCAGCAACUGGCAGAGAAAUUGAAGAAAACUCCAGACUGUUGGAAAACAUGACUGAAGUUGUUAGAAAAGGCAUACAGGAAGCACAACUUCAGCUUCAGAAAGCCAAUGAAGAGCGACUGCUGGAAGAGGGACUGCUACGACAGAUACCUGUAGUAGGCUCUGUGCUGAACUGGUUCUCUCCGUUCCAAGCCUCACCAAAGGGAAGAACAUUUAACUUAACAGCAGGCUCUCUAGAAUCCACAGAGUCUACCUAUGUAUCAAAAGCCCAAGGAGCAGGCACCACUCCACCACCAACUCCUACUUCUAGCCUUGCAAAGCAAAGACUUCCUGGUCAGAAAAUAUUUAAAAGGUCUCUAAGAAGUUCUGAUGCUUUCAGUGAGACCAGUUCAGUCAGCCACUGUGAUGAGCUGGAUCAGAGACCCCCAACUCUAUCCCCUGAACCUCUGGAGACAGAAAAAACAGAGGAGCAGAAGGAGGUGGCACAGGCAACAGAAACAGACACUGAGGACAUUCACAGUGACAAAUCGCCAUAUGGCUGCAUGAUGGCAGAGGAACGAGAAAGUCAAAGAUAAAAUCCAGACUGCAGAUCGCAGAGCUGGCAGAGGAGACCUGUGCCCAGGAGGCCAGGUAUUAACGAUGCAUUUCAAACGUGAAGAGUGCCAUAUGCUGGUACAGUAAUGCCUGCUGUAACCUGGGGGUUUUGCACAAAUAUAAACUCCCCCUUAUGGGACAGACCUUUGUCUUACCUUGUUACAGUUCCCUUACUCCUCUGCCUGCCCGUCACCAAAGUACCAGUGCAAUUUCAUCAGCAUUGUCAGCACAACUGGCAGUUAUCCUGCUGUAGGAAUCCAAGCAUGGUAAGAGUUGCUAAUGAGCCGAUCAGCCAUACACAAGAUUAAGAAUACAGCUGCACCCAGUAAUUGUAAAGUGAUCUUAUGUUAAUACACUUUAAAAAAUAAUCAACUGCCAAUUAUUCACCUUUUUAAUACAUAGAGGCGAGUUAAGCCUCCUGCCAAACCUCUCCUGAAGUGACACUAUCUCUCUUCUGCUGCGCUUUUUUCACCCUUACUUAGGACCUUGCCAAACGGCUGUGGUGUGUUCAGCACUAGGAACCCAUGCCUAUGUAUAUAGGAGUCACGCCACCAUCACUCAUCUGUUCUGCUCUUGCAUGUGCCCCAUUCAGCUGAGGGGACUGGGAUGCUUCAGCCUUUUAGACAGCAGUGGUGUCCCCGCAUGCCAAGAAGGCUUCCUGCUUCUGCCACUGGAGAGCACCAAGGCCCUGGCACCUUCCUUUGCACGGCCCUUAUGAACCAAACACUACUGAACACGUUUAUGUAGCGUAACUAACUGAAGGUCCUUCUCUUGUGCAUUUUUAAAGGUAGUUGUAGUAAAGCUCGACAAAACAAGGCAUUUGUGAUGGUUUCAACAUACACUUCUUGCAUAUCAGUAACUUACCUAUGGCACAGUCAGGGAAAUGAUACAGGUUAUUACACUGCAGCACAACUCCAUAGUGUCCAGGACAAAGCAAUGCAAUAGAUAACUCCAAAACUAAGCUAGAAGCCUCCCCAGUCCCAAAUAUUUUUAAUCACUCUGCUGCAAAUUUUUGGAGCCUUUUGUAGAAAAAAAAAGACCUUUCUGAAAAGCUUGCAUGAGGGAAAACCACCCCCUCGCUGUAGACCUGGACACAAGUACUGGACUCUGCUUCCUUUGGUUUGGGUUUUGGUUCCUACCUCCCCCCAGAAGACAGAAAUUAACAGCAGGUGUAGUGCUAGCAAAGCUUGAUCAUCUGAAAAUUUGGGGUAGGGGUUGAAUUGUGCUGUCACCUGAUUUGACUUCCAGCUUCUAAAUCCUGUGGGGCCGGGGUGCCAUGACCAAGGUUAUUUUUGCUCUAAAUCAGCAGUGCAAUUUUUUUUCUAAAGUGCAAAAACAAUUAAGCUGAAGUAGUCUUCCUGGUUGGCUUCUUUGGUGCAAUGAAAUAUGUUAAUAAGAGUCAGUUGGUGGAGAUAAAGUUACCACCACAAUAAUUAAUUUUUAAUGUUUUUAUAUUUGGAAGUGUUAAACCAGAAGUUUUGUUGGAACGAGCUUCAUUCUUUAGAUACUAUCUGAAUGUUUCAAUAAAGAUUCUUCAAAUUA